AUGAAUCGCUCCUCCUCGCUCGAGUUUAGCGACAAGAAUGACUUUGCCAAGUGGGUCGUGGAAAAAGCCGUGACCCAUUUGGUGCGAGUUCAUGGAGAUGCCAGUUCGUUUCGUGAGGAGCUGCUUAAAUUUUCCGGGCGUUGGCCCACAGCUCACCUAAAGAAGCUCGAGGAAACGCAUCGAGAAAGCAUGAACAAGAUGCAUCAGCGUUCAAAGGAUGAGUUGACCGAGCGAGUCGCUGCUCUGCGAACGCAACUCGCGUUUAUCAUCGACCCGUUGUUUGCCGUUAAUGCCCAAACGAAAUCAGGCAAGCGACACGCAGCUGUGCAGACGCUGAAAGCGUUCGUUGAAGAGGUUGAAGAGAACAAACCUUUGUGGACGAAAGUCGAUCUACAUACUAAAUUCACCUUAGCCUUGCCAUUGCGCAAGAAACCGGAGAUGCGGCAGCUUCUUCACCUGCUGGGGCCGGAUGUAAAGUCAGUUUGGCGUGAUGCUGCUAUGCGGGUGUUCGCGUUGAUGCAAGCGGAGCUUGAGGGUGCAGAAAUGGAAGACGGUUCAUCGACCUUCGAAGAAUCGUACGCGCUCGCUCGUGAUUGCUUGAUUGCGAAGAAGUAUCGGGCACUAUUGACGCAAUGGAGUUGCCAAAACUCAGCGCAUCGAGUUACGAUUAUCAAUCCUGUGACCCGCAACGGACGAGUGUAUUGCGAAGUUGAGGAAGCGACGUCGAAGAAGUUCACCAGGUUUAAUUACACGCGGGACAGACCUGCGAUUGAAGCUGUUGCGAUGAAAACUACACCAAAGGCGUGCAGCGACGAGUCCGAAGAAAGACCUCAAGGUCAACCUGCUCAUUUUGGUAUCAAUCGGCCGCUACUGUUCGCCAAGAAGCUCGAAAAACGCGAUGAGGCUUUCUUGAUCGGUAGAUUUGGCGACGGGAUACCGCAGUGGUACGACUUCUCCUAUUGA